GGAAAACGAAAGUAAUCUUGACAGAAUACUGCAUUAAACAAAACUACACAAAUAUAUGCAAUUUUUCAGAAGAUUCCCAUUGAAUUUUCAACAAAACUGAGUUUUAGGAGAAUGUUUUCUUCAAGAACAACUCAUGAAGUACUCCCAUUUGGAGAGCUAAUAGAUGAUUGGUGGAAUCUUCAGGGUCCGGCAAAGCCCCUACAUGCUAUGAACAAUUUGAGAGUGCCUUUAGUAAAAAAUGGGUUGAUUAAUCAAGGAGCUGUAUCAAAAGAGAAUAUUAAUAGCUCGAAACCGCUUGAAGGGUUGUCCAUAUUAGAUGUUGGAUGUGGCGGUGGUAUUUUGUCAGAAGCUCUAGCACUUCUAGGAGCAAAAGUUACAGGCAUUGAUUCACAUCCCAAAGCCAUCGAGCUUGCAAAAUAUCAUGCCCAACAAAAUAAUCUAUCCAUUGAUUAUUGUUCUAGCUCUAUUGAGGAAUAUGCUAGGAAAAAUUUGGAAAAGUUUGAUGCUGUAGUUGCUUCUGAAGUUAUUGAGCAUGUGACAGAUAAAGUGCAAUUUAUAGAAGCUUGUGAAAAAUCUCUAAAACCUGCUGGCUCCAUAUUUCUGACUACAUUGAGCAAAACUAUAUUUACGAAAAUUAUUGCAAUUUAUUUAACUGAAAAUGUUUUCAACAAGGUUUUCGAUUUGCUUCCCAAAGGCACCCAUCAAAUUGGGGAUUGCAUUAAACCUGAGCAAUUGCAAAAAUUAUUAGAAAACCGUAAUUUUGUGCUUUAUUCAUUUGCAGUUGAACUUAUCAUUUUUCUUUACAGAUUAUUUGCAUACUAAAGAAAUAAGAGGCAUGAUCUAUAAUGCUUUUACAAGUAAAUGGACCUGGUGCCGUCCAACUUGCAUGUUUUAUUCUUUGCACGCUGUUAAACCUAAAAGUAUAGGUAGUGUCAAAGAAUGUAGUGCUUUGUAGGAAUUUUCUCCUUAAUUGAAUUCAUAUUUUACUCACAAUAGACUUUUCGUAUUGUUGGAAAAUUGUUUUUUCUGCAACUGUCAAAAAAUGAUGAUGUUCGCACACUCAUGACAGUUUGCGAAGUGACACUUUUUUUCCCAGGUAUUGAUUUUUUAACGUUCCCAUGACGCCAUGCGCGAAAUAGCUGUUUGCACACUGGGUGUCAUGGUGACACAUACCUGUCAGGAAAUCAAAAAUAAUUAAAAUUCACUUAGCUUUGAUUGGAAAUGCAAUUUUAGCUUCGAAUGAUUGAUAUUUAAAUGGAGUUGUAGAAAAAAUAUUGUUUGCAACUCGGGCGCGAAAUACUUUGGUGAUCUCGACUAUUUUUUUAACUAUCACCAAAGUAGCAUUUCGCGCCUUUGAUACAAAAAUAACUAUUUUCUAUUUUGGUGUCAUAUCGAAGUCUUUUCGACACUAAAAGUAGUUUCGAAAAGAAGCUCUUUGUGACACUCCUUUUUUACUUUUCGCAGGUUGGUUACACUGGCUGACUGAUGGCCAUCGAACUGUCAUUCGCGAUUUUUUAAUAGAAGAUUUCUAUAUUUGGCAUCCAGUGUUACCAACCUAAACAUAUGAAAUCAGGAAGUAUGAUAAUAAAAUUUCCAAGAA